AUGGAUAAAUGUAUUGAUCAGUUUGUUGUUCCAGGUGAUGUGAUUGGUACAAUCGUUGACCUAAAGGUUCGCAUUGGACAAGGACUUCAACAAGUAAAAGACUCUGUCGUUGCCACCAAGUCUGGUGUGCUCCGCUUCAGCAAGCAUCACAAGUUCUACUGGAUAGAGAAUGAACAGAAACGAUAUGUACCUCAAGCAGAGGAUAUGGUCAUUGGUAUAAUAACAGAGAAGCAUGCAGAGUCAUUCAAAGUUGAUAUUGGUAGUAGUUCACAGGCAUUGUUAUCAGCAUACUCAUUCGAAGGCGCAACAAAGAAUAAUAAGCCAUUGUUAUCAGUUGGUAACUUGGUAUAUUGUAGAGUAUUGGUGGCCAAUAAGGAUAUGGAGCCAGAGCUUGUGUGUACCUCUGCAAAGAACAAGGCUGAGGGCUUUGGUCAGUUGAUUGGCGGACAGACAUUCAACUGCUCGUUGGGCAUGUCACACUACUUGCUGUCGGAGGAGUGCGAGACGCUCAAGGUGGUGGGCAAACACAUUGCCUACGAGAUUGCUGUCGGUGUGAAUGGCCGCGUCUGGGUCAACUCAACCAGCAAUCAUCACACCAUUGUCGUCACCAACACAAUACUCAACUCACAGUUCAUCGUGGACGACCAGCUUGAGCCCUUCAUCCUUCGCAUUCUCCAACAACAACAGCUCCAACAGACACAGCAACAGCAACAACAACUGUAA